CUUACUACUUAGAUUGUAAAUUAUGGAAGAAAUAAAGUUAGUUACUUACAAACAGAUUUGCUGCACAUGUCUCAGUGAAAAUAGAAAAAAAUAUAAAUUAAUGCAAAUGAAUGAGGGCGUUAAUAUUUUAUUUAAUUUACUAUCUCACGAUCGUGAUGCAUAUAGAUGGGCAUUGAACCCAGUACCUGGUGCAUACAUCAUGUGCUAUACCAGUAACCCAAAGUGGGAAUGGAUUUGAAUAACAUUGACAGCAUUUAAGUCAUAAGUCUACUUAAAAAAUAAAAAAAUAGGUACACUGAUCUGAAGAUAUAAUGAAAGCAUAUAAGAAUAAAAUAAUAAUUUUAGGAUGCAUUUACAAGAGAUGUAGCCAAAUUACAUGUGUGUUGGGAGUGCAGGGCAAUCAUAUUGAAGAUUAUUAAAUUUAAGAGACAAGUCUGCUCAGCUCAAAAGUGGCUAGAUUCAGUAAGCAGUGAUCCCAUUGCUAAUUCAACAUGGCACAAUAACCUGUCCCAAUUAUCCACAUAUACAACUUUCAAUGUAAAUACAAUUUACUUUGAACAUUUUGAAGAAGAUAUAGAACAAUUAUGUGAAUUUUCCGAAAGUUCAGAAGAGCUACCAACCUACAAUUCUAGAGGUCAACUAGAAAAUAAAAACAUUUCGAAAACAACUAAACUAAUUGAUAUUAAGACUGAGAAUGUAAAAUUGGAGCCAAAUUCAGAGAAUAUAAAAGAGAAAAAACUAUUCUAUGCAAUAAUUAAGGCAUCUAGAAACGAAAUUGAUAAAGAGAAAAGAAACAAAAUGUUACACAUAAAUGGUAAUGGAAUCCUAUGUCAUGUUUGUGUCCAAAAGUUUAAGGAUAAUAAAUCUUUGAGGCAACAUAUUCAGAAUACGCACACUAAGAGAAAGAACUACAUACAGUGUGAUGAAUGUAAUAAUUAUAUUAAAAAAUCCUUGUUUAAUGAACACAAUGAUGACCAUAACCAGUAUUAUAGAUGCGAAUUAUGUCGUGAAAGUAUAUUUUUAAAGAAAUUGGUGAAACAACAUUUAAAAGUUGUACAUAAGAAGGAACCAGCCGAGUUUUAUGUACGAAAGACACCUUUUGUGAAAAACCCCGGUUCGAAGCCAAGACUGUAUCCGGCUUUAAAAGAUGUAGAAACGUCUCGCGGCUUUGCUUGUCCCGAAUGUAACGAAUAUUUUUUAACUAAACGGCUAAGAUACAAUCACAUACAAAAACUGCACCGAAAGGGGUUUAGAUGUGGCGUUUGCUUCAAAGUGUUCAGUUUUAAGGCUCACCUCAAUAAACACCAGUUAUUACAUACAAGAUUAGUCCAAGACCGCGGACCGUGCUCAAAAUGUGGGAAAUCAAUUUGUAUAAAAUCAAUGGCCACUCAUAUGCAGAAUCACGCUGAAAGUUCUCACGAAUUUGAGUGCGUGCCUUGCGGGAAGAAAUUCAAAUCACAUGCUACAUAUGAUCACCAUUUGAAGUACACAAAGGCUCAUGCGACAACGGAUAUAUUCAAAUAUAAAUGCGAUCAUUGUGGCAAAGGUUAUAGGAGUAAAGUCGAAGUAACGGAUCACAUACACUACACACACAUGGGCAAAACUCAACACGCGUGUCCGUUAUGUAAUAAGCCAGUCCCAACGAAGAAAAGUAUAGUACAACACAUGAGAAAAUGGCACAACUCGAACAAAACUGACCCCGCCAAAACGGAAAUGUGUCAAAUAUGUGGUCAAAUGUUUGGGUGCAAAAAAAUACUCGGUGAACAUAUUAUGAGACAUACUGGCGAGCGACCUCUAUCCUGUGAGAUCUGUGGCAAUACAUUUAGACAGAAGGCUUCGUUAUACACGCACAAGCGACUAGUGCAUAAGAUAUUAUUUCCUAAGAAAAAGAAUAUCUCACUUAUCACAUAAAAACCCAAAAUGAUAUUUAUUAAACCUAUAAUGUAA